AUGACAGAGUGGUGGAUAACUUGUUAUAGAGGAAAUAUCCAUAAGGAGAAGGGUAUCUAUAAGGAGGAGAAUCUCAAGGAGGAGGGUCUCAAGGAGGAGAAGGAUAUCGUCCUCAAUAUCCUUCUUUUCGAUAUCCUCCUUCUUAAUAUCCUCCUUCUUAACCACCUCCUCCUCCUCGAGAUCCUCCUCCUCGAGAUCCUCCUCCUCGAGAUCCUCCUCCUCGAGAUCCUCCUCCUCGAGAUCCUCCUCCUCGAGAUCCUCCUCCUCGAGAUCCUCCUCCUCGAGAUCCUCCUCCUCGAGAUCCUCCUCCUCGAGAUCCUCCUCCUCGAGAUCCUCCUCCUCGAGAUCCUCCUCCUCGAGAUCCUCCUCCUCGAGAUCCUCCUCCUCGAGAUCCUCCUCCUCGAGAUCCUCUUUCUUAAGGUCCAAACGCGUAUGCUCCUUGGCGACAACAGCAAAUACUUUGAACUUGUAUACGUGCACAGCGCUGCCCUAGCACAUGUGCUGGACGCCAGAGCGCUCUUGGACAACAUGCACAACACUCCUCACUCCAAGGUCGAUGGCGAAGCAUUCUUCAUUAGCGAUGGCGCACCGAUGAAGUUCUGGGACUUUACUCGAGCAGUUUGGGCUGCUGCAGGCGACACGACGAGGCCAGAAGAUGUCAAGGUGAUUCCGAUGUGGUUGAUUCAAUCGCUUGCCAGUAUUGGGGAAUGGUCUUACUGGGUAUGCACAUUCGGGAGAAAGAGCCCGAAAUUACGCAGGCAAAAUCUGGAAUUCAUCAGUGCGGGGCACAGGUUCUCCAUCCAGAAAGCACGAACUAGGCUUGGCUAUGAGCCCGUUUGUGAUACCCUGGAAGGAAUUAGGAGAACGGUAGCAUGGUUUAAGGAGAAUGAGGGUUGGAAUAAGGUAGAGAGAGCAGAGGACAAGGAUGGUCUCUUCUCCCGUCUUGUGCAGGCAAGUCGCCCUCUGAUAGUGCCUUGGCGCGUUUUCUUUGGAAAUUCAUUUGAGAGCUCAAUGUUUGAGGGGAAAAAUUUCUAUUGA